GCGGCAACAGGCACGCUGACGGCCACGGCCAUGACGGCAGAGCGAAACGUGUUUCGUGCUAUUACCGCGCUUUUUGCGCUCGCAGGCUGCAGGAUGGGAUACUCGAAAAUUUUAGACAGUCCGAGCUUCGCCGAACCAAUCCAGAACACCACAGUGGCUGUAGGAAGAGAAGCGAUAUUAACUUGUGUAGUGGAGAAUCUGAACCCGUACAAAGUUGCUUGGUUACGGGUGGACACUCAGACAAUACUCACAAUUCAAGGCCACGUGAUAACGAAGAACCAUCGCAUCGGAGUUACCCACAGUGAGCAGAAAACGUGGUACCUUCAUAUAAAAGAGGUCAAGGAGAGUGAUAAAGGAUGGUAUAUGUGUCAGAUCAACACUGAUCCAAUGAAGAGUCAAGUAGGAUAUCUCGAUGUCGUUGGUAAGAAUGUUUUAGUAUCCCCGGAUAUACUCGAUACCCGAACGAGUCCAGAUUUGAUAGUUGACGAAGGAUCUAAUGUCAGUUUGCACUGCUCUGCGCGCGGAUCACCGGAACCUAACAUAACGUGGAAGAGGGAGGAUGGUCAAAUGAUUCCCCAAGGACCAGAUAACUACGUUGCGAGUGCAACCGGAUCCCCAUUGAAUAUUUCCAAGGUGAAAAGAGACCAUAUGGGUCCCUACUUAUGCAUAGCUUCCAAUGGUAUACCACCAUCUAUAAGUAAGAGGAUUAUGUUAAUCGUACAGUUUCCACCGACAAUCUGGAUAGAAUACCAAUUGGUUGGCGCAUAUGAAAAUCAAGAGGUAGUUCUCGAGUGUCAUUGUGAAGCAUUUCCCAAAUCUAUCAACUACUGGACGAGGGACAGAGGAGAAAUCAUAUCACAUAGCAACAAAUAUGUCCCAGAGUUGAUAGAAGAUGGAUACAGGACACACAUGAAACUUACCUUGAGAUAUCUGAUAGAGCCAGAUGAUUAUGGGAUUUAUAAGUGUGUAUCCAAGAAUUCUGUUGGUGAAAUGGAAGGGACAAUAAAUGUGUACAAAAUUCCUGAUCCAAACAGUAAGACUGUGGGACUAAUCAGUGGUAAAGGUUCAUCUAAACAUCCCAAAGAUACAACCUACCAACAAGGAAAGUCAACAAAAGAUGGAAAAAAUUUACUCUAUCACGAAAAUGAGGUGAGAGAUAAUUCAUCUCCAAGGACGAUCAUUUCAAGGUUUACUGUCGUCACAAUUCUGCUAUUCCAUCUAUGGAGCAUCAACUGAAGCAUUAUAUCAAAAUUCCAUUCGAUGGAUGGAGGGCUUAGUGAAAAAUCACAAAACAUUCACUUCGAGUGGCCAUCAACAUUAAAUUGACGUAAUCAUGUAUAAAACCUCAGUACAAUAGAAAUCAAAUUAUAUCCGCUGAUUGAAAAAUAAUAUUUCAAUUUCCGAUCUCAACUUGCCACUACUGGACGGUUACUGUUAUUGAAUUUUAUAGUUGUCAAUUAGAAUAGAAUUGUUGAUACAAUGUGGAAAAUCGCUUCAUUGAAUUCAUAAAGUUUUCUCGUUCAUUCGAUAUUAAGAGUUGAGGCAUACGCUAACAAUUUGAUCAACUGGAAUGAGGAUUUCCUACUUCUCUUGCUGAUUAUUGUAAUUAAACCAAUCCUGAUGUUAAUUCCUCAUCAGUCAAAUUUACUGAAAACUUCAAUGUCUCAUCUUAAUUGUCUCGAUAUACCGGAUAAUUUCAAAUCCAUGCUAAAUAAACGAAGAGGGCUGUUCUUCAACAAUUCCAAUUCCAAGCUAUUAAAUUCAGGGGAAAAUUGUAAGCUGCAGUCAGAGAAAAUAUAGUCAUAUCAACUGUUUCCAAGCAGUCAGGUAUCAAAUAUCAAUAGCUUACAGAUAAAUUUUAUGCUUUUGAAUUUUUAUUUGUAGUAGGGAUUAAGCUGAAAGAAAGUUUCUGGCAACGCUGAAAGCCAGUAAGGAAAACGCCCUCUUAAGAUAUUUCGCAUCAGUCUAGGAAUACCCUGUAUAUAGAAGGAUUUUCUAAAAUAAAUUUCAACUGAUGAUUCGACUGUUCUCAUGAAUGAGGAAAACAAUAAACUCUUCGAUGAUCGACAUUUAUUAUAUCCUAUAUACUCGAGAGUAUUUUUGUAUGCUUGUCAAAACUGAUAUAAUAUCAUAAUAAAAGGUGUACUGGUAAUUC